AUGGAUUUGGGUCUCUUGGGCCUGCCAGAUGCACUCCAAGGUUGCAGCAAGAUCCUGCAGGGAGCGCGGGGCAGGGGCCCGGCCUUGCGCAGGCAGCGCGAGUUCCUGCCGGCAGAGAAGAAGGACACGGUUUACUGGGAGAAGCGGCGGAAGAACAACGAAGCAGCCAAGAGAUCCCGGGAGAAGCGGCGCCUCAAUGACCAGGCCCUGGAGGGCAGGCUGGCCGCAGUGCUCCAGGAGAACGCUCUGCUCAGGGCUGAGCUGAGGGCGCUCAAGCGUCACCUUGGCCUCCUGUCCCCCGCUGGCACCGCCCGGAGCCUGCCCUUGCAGGCUCUGCUGUGGACGUCCCCCUGGACGGAACACGCCCUCCCCGAGGCUGGACCACUCCCAGCUCUGCCUGGCUCGCAUGGCUGCGUCUUGAGGCCGUGCUGCCUGGACGCUGGGGUUCCAGGAUGCCAGGCCUGCCAAGUGGCUCACAGGUGGACUGGCCUGGCCACUUCCUCCAGGUUCCCCCAGGACCCUGCCCCCACUGACCCCAAGAGAAUGGAUGUGGAUGUGGCCUUGCAAGCUGCUGUCCCAGCCAAGACCUUCUUCAGCUGUCACAUCCUGGGUGGGCAUGGGGGACCCAGACCUGAGCUCUGGCCCUGCUGGGGGCUAUGGUCUCCUGUGCAAACUGGUUGCCAGGCCUCGGGGGCCUCAGAGGUGUUACUGACACCCACUGCUGAUCCCAUGGGGUUGCCAUCUGGGAUGGCCAGCUCCGCCCCAGGGAACCAUCCCGGGUGUCUGGCUCAGCCCUCCCUGCCCCAUAAACUGCGCAUCAAGUCCCGAGCCUAUGGCAGAGCACCUGGAGGCUGCAAGGGGGGCCAGGGACCCCUCUGA